UCCUAGCGUUGCUUAGAGACGCGUUGUUGUCGUGCAUGUUCAAUGAAUUUUCUGGACCCAAACCGAGAAUUUUCAUCACAAAAUAGCGAUGUUUUCUCGCCUAUAAUCCAGCCGUGAAUUCAAACAAACUGUCGACGAGCCUUAAAUAUAUCUGCCUGGGAUUGUAAAACAAUCUUGCGCCGUAGUGAUUAGCGGGGUUAGUUAGAUAUCUUGUGUUCCAGACACGCUAAUCUGCUAAUUAGCCAGCUAGUCAAAGCGAGAUUCGGACGCGCUCGAUGUAUCUUUGGGAAUAUAAACUAUACUUUUUACGGUUUAUUGCUGGUAAAGUUGAACUAAAUGAGUCGUUCGUGUGAAGGAGUAAAGCAGCAACGGCUGUCAUCAUCAUCAUCUAAUCCCGCGGCGUUAAGAGGCUCUGUUUAAACUCCUGCUGCUCUCUCUCGCGAUGGAAGCAGGAGCCGUUUCUGAUCUGGACCUGGACAAAUAUGACGCUGAUAAGCAGGUCAAGAUCAUCUGCCUCGGAGACAGCGCUGUGGGCAAAUCCAAGCUUAUGGAGAGAUUCCUUAUGGAUGGAUAUCGUCCUCAGCAGCUCUCCACAUACGCUCUGACUCUCUACAAAUACAGCAGCACCAUCAAUGGGCAGACUGUCCUGGUUGACUUCUGGGAUACUGCAGGACAGGAACGUUUUCGAAGCAUGCACCCGUCUUACUACCAUAAAGCUCAUGCCUGUAUCAUGGUGUUUGAUGUCCAGAGGAAAAUCACGUAUAAGAACCUCCCAAUUUGGUACAAAGAACUGCGAGAGUACCGGCCAGAGAUUCCCUGUCUAGUGGUCGCUAACAAGAUCGAUGCUGACACGAAGGUCACCCAGAAGAAUUUCAGCUUUGCUAAGAAACAAGGUCUGCCCUUCUACUUUGUAUCUGCUGCUGAUGGGACCAAUGUGGUCAAGAUGUUUAAAGAUGCCGUUCAGAUGGCUCUGUCCUACAAGAGGAACUCCAACGACUUUAUGGAUGAAGUCAUGAGGGAGCUAGAGAACUUUGAUUUAGACACUAAAGAAGAAUCAUCUGAUAAAGACGAGGAGACGCAAGAGGGAAAACCGGACUCGGCAUGAUCACGUCACAUUCUCUCAUUCUCUUUCUCCGCUGCUCCUGCACUUGAACUGAUGAGUUCCUCAGAUCAUGGCUGUCCUCCCACCAACUCUACCUCACACCACUCAAAGUGUGUGUCUGUUCACGAAAAAAAUUAUGAUUCUGUGAAUGUACAGCUGAUUGACCUGAUGACGGAAUCACAAUGCACUCUGAACGCAGAUUUGAUACAAAUUGUGCAGCAUGCAGAUUUAGUAAAAAAAAAAAAAAAAAAGCAAAAAAAUUUGGCACUCUAAAGAGACUCUGUCUGGAAUGUGAAGAUUUGUGCUAAAUGUAACAUGAAAUAUUUUUUUUUUUAAGUGUAAUAUUUUACAACAGUUGCACAUUUCAAAUAACAAUUUGUGAUGCUCACGAGUUGAUGAUAAACAUCUUGAUCUUUGUGCAAAGGGUAGCUGAUUAUCCUGUAUUUUAAUACAUCCAUGUUCCCUUAAAGUUUUACAUUAAUAUAAAUGUAUAUGUCCACCUUAUUUGCCAACUAAACAGAUUUUUAUAUUAAAGCGAUUUGUUGCAAGCAUAUCUGAGCGCAGGAUGAGACUUUCCUCAGGAAUGGAUGAGAAGACAGCCAUGACACAAACUCAGUGUAGCAGAUGAAUGUGAAAACCAGAAGCUGAUCACUGACAAUUACAAACAGCCCGGUUACAGUUCAGGCUGUGAAAUGAUAAACUUGAUAAUGUGCAGCGUCCACAUGCAGCUGUCUGAUGAUCUGUUCAGUGAAACUGUGGAAGUUAAGGACUAUAUCUCGUGAAAUGUCAAGAACAUGCCUGUCAUGUUACAACAAAAUCAAAACACAAUCCUUCUCAUUUUAUUUUUAAAUUACUGAUUGUAAAUUAUUUCAGUUUUAAAGUAUUUGUUUAUCAUAGUUGUCUUUUUUAAUGAAUGUAAUUUACGCUGAUUUUAAAUAAUCCAAAUUAUGUUUGUCAUGCAUAAUUGUCAUAAAAAUGCAAAAAUGGUCCUAAAAAGAUCAUGCUAAAAAUAGACACAUUUAGGCAGUUUUCUUGUGCAAAAAUGAUAAUUGGAGUUAAACAUGACCCAGAUAUUUCUUCACAAAUUUCCCCUUUAGAGACAAGAAAUAAUUAUUACUGUAAAGAGCAUUUAUUCAUAUUGCACAAACUGUGGAGGUUGUUUUUUUUGUUUUGUUUUAGAUUAUUGCUUUUGGUUUGUGUUUUGUGAUGUUCUGCACAAGUGCUUUAUAUGUGACCCUGGACCACAAAACCAGUCUU